AUGGAUCACCGCGGUUCCUUCUUCUUCCUCCUGGUCGUAUUCUAUCUUCUUCUCAGCUCCCAGUCGCAUCCACCGUUGAUUGUUCAGGACCGAGAACAUCAACGGGAAGUGGCCAGGGAACGCCAUGCGCUGCGCUUGCUGAACGAGUCCAACUAUGGGGACUUUAACCCGCAAGAGGACCGCUGGCUUCCUUUCCCCGGAGUAAGGAAGAACGAUAGUUACGCCUGGGACCUCCUGGGAGAUGUGCAGGAUAGAGCUCGUUACCAACUUCAUAAUGCCAUCUCCGACGCCGGAUUAGAGCCUCCCAAGGGACUCCAAGAUCCCAACGCAUCCCCCGCGCUCAACCUCUCCCAGUUGCUUCUUCCCGUUUAUCGCAAUUGCACGGGCAAGCUGCGGGGAGAAUGGGUGCGCCGUAAACAGGAUAAACCGCAUCCCCCGCUCAAUACGACUGCGAUCGCCUUGGAAAACGAGUAUUUUACGCAUGAAUUUAGUCAGAAUGUCACCGGCCAGAGUGGGACCUUCUAUCUAGAUAUCCGGGAGGGGGGUGGUGAAGAGCUCCGCCUCCGCUCCGGCCAUAUUCGAGAAAUCCGAGCCACCUUAGCGGUAGAAAGCGGUGACUUCUGGGGCAACACAUGGUACCUCUCCUUGUUCGGGGUGCAUUUCCCGGAGACAGGAGGCAUCCUGUUGAGCACCACCAGCGAGAAGUUUGGGGGUGUGUUCUCCCUGCCGCACUUGACGCUAUCGUCCGACUCUUACGACCUCGCCCACCAGCUACUCCUUAAAUCUCUUUCCGACACUCUAUCCGAAAAGCAGAACCGCCCUCGCACGCUCUUCCCUUGGUCAUCGCUGGUCGGUACCGAACAGGUCGAAUUUCCAGCUCCGAAAUGCGAACACAUAGUGUAUCUACAGCAGCAUCCCGUUGCAGUCAACGAUUAUCUUGCCGACCGAUUACUCAUUGAGCAAAUAGAGCAAGAGCUGAGGUUUCCCAUGGGGGCUCCAAUACCGUCUCCGCCGCUCAUGGUCAUGUCGGCUCUAGUGUUCUCUCCUGACUGUGGUUACAUCCUGGAGACCAAGGGAGCUCCUGAUUUCCCUCCGACAGAGGCGCUGUAUCUCUCGGGGCCCAAACUGGAGGAAUUCGGUAAAUACUCUGCUCGCAUAAUUUUUGUGCUGGCCGGCGUUUCCAUUGCACAGAUCACGUUACUCUUACGCCAGGUGAAGGAUGCUUCCACGCCUUCCACUCGCAGUCGGAUCAGCUUCUUUACCAUCGCUCUGAUGGCAUUUGGCGACGCCUUUGUACUCGUGUUCAUCCUCCUGGAACUCUACCCCGCGGUUUCAUUCUUGAUCAUGACUACUGCGUCGUUCCUCACCUUCCUCUCGGUCAGCUAUAUCGGAAUGAAGUUCAUGAUGGAGAUCUGGGCUGUCCAGGCCCCGGAAAGAAGAGAGCAAGAACGCCGCUCGAGCCCUCCGACCAGUGCUCGGCCUGGGAGUCUACCACUUCCUGCGACGGCAGCACGCAUCAGAGACACCGGCGCAACUCCGGUUAUCUUGACCCCCGACCAAGACCCGCCCGAGGAAGAAGACGAGCCGCCUCCAACACGCGGUGCAACUCCCACCGCUCGGGAAACUCGCAGCGAUGUCGGCGCUAUGUACGCCCGGUUCUACUUCGUGUUGUUCGUCAUGCUCAUUAUCUCUAUUUGGUCCUUCCUUUGGCCAAAUCGACUCGGAAAGUUAUACUCGCGGACUCUUGCAUUCAUUUACCUGUCAUUUUGGACUCCCCAGAUCUAUCGCAACGUCAUGCGUAACUGCCGCAAGGCUCUCCGAUGGGACUUUGUGGUCGGACAGAGCUUUCUCCGGCUGUUCCCGUUUCUGUACUUUCUCACCGUUCCCGGCAACGUGCUGUUUGUUCGCCCCGACACAACCUCAGCCCUUGCGCUAGCUGGCUGGGUAUGGAUACAGGUUUGGAUCUUGGCUAGUCAGGACAUCCUGGGCCCGCGCUUUUUUGUCCCUCGAGGCUGGGCGCCCCCGGCCUAUGAUUACCACCCCAUCGUGCGGGAUGCGGUCGAUCCCACGGGUGAGCUGGAGUCCGGCGGAGUCUUAUCCAUCGGAGCCCUGCGGGCCGACGAGAGGGAUAUCAGCGACAGCAAGGAUGACGACAAGCACCGAUCCAAGGAUAAGAAGAAGGCCAUCUUUGAUUGCGCAAUUUGCAUGCAGGAUAUCGAUGUCCCCGUGCUGGCGGGGACUUCGGGCGGCAGCAGUGUGACGGACGGGGCGACCAGCAUUCUCAGUCGUCGCGCGUACAUGGUGACGCCGUGUCGACACAUCUUCCAUAGCACGUGUCUGGAGAGCUGGAUGCGACUUCGACUACAGUGUCCGAUUUGUCGAGAGUCAAUUCCACCUGUAUAG